GCUUUCAUUCAGCAGAGAAACAUGUGCUCUUCUCCUGAAUUUCAGAGUCUGUAAACCCAGAGCUGUGAACAGCAUUGAUCACUGGCUCUCAAUGAGAGGAUUAACAGGAAUUCACACAAGGGCUCGGAUGCUUACAGGUGCACAAUUGGAACUUGGUACUGCUGCAUAAUGGGUUACAAAGCGACAUCCAUGCAUUGUGUCUUAAGAUGCCUGUGCUUCAUGCUUCUCCAUUUGUUUAGUGCAGCUCAAGAUGAAGACAUAAGAAGUUGCAGGACGGCACCGUGUGAUUUGGUCUUUAUUCUAGACGGCUCAUGGAGUGUCGAAGAUGUCAAUUUUGAGAUAGUAAAGCGAUGGCUUGUCAACAUAACAACAAGCUUCAACAUCGGCCAGAAGUUUACCCAGGUUGGAGUCGUCCAGUACAGCGAUGACCCGGUUUUAGAGAUACCUCUGGGGAAGUACUCCUCUAACAAGGACCUCAUCAAAGCGAUGGAGUCCAUUGAGUACAUGGGGGGAAACACAAGGACAGGGACAGCCAUUAAGUUUGCUACAGACAAACUGUUUGGCCUCUCUGAGCGUGGCCCGUCGGGCAUUUCCAGAAUUGCUGUAGUCCUCACAGAUGGGAAGUCUCAAGAUGAGGUUUUGAAAGCAGCUGAGGCGGCAAGGAAAAAAGGAGUGAUUCUGUUUGCAAUUGGCGUUGGGUCAGAGACAGAGGAGAUCGAGUUGAGGGACAUUGCAAACAAGCCAUUUUCAACUUACGUCUUCUCUGUUGAGGACUACAAAGCUAUUUCCAGGAUCAUACAGGUCAUACGCCAGAAACUGUGCGAAGAGACUGUUUGUCCAGCGAGAAUUCCUGUAGAUUCCCGCGAUGAGAAGGGUUUUGACAUUUUGUUCCAUCUAAAUUUGGCUAAAAAAGCAAAGAAGACACAAGGGGCAUUUUACGGCUCUAAGGCCUAUGAAGUGACAUCCCGUGUCGACUUGAGCGAAGCUACACGGACCCUCUUCCCUGAUGGGCUGCCUCCAUCAUAUGUGUUUGUGGCCACUCUGAGAUAUAAAGGAUCAGUGGCGAUGGAGGAGUGGGACGUGUGGAGAGUACAGACGCGUGACGGGAAACCCCAGAUGGCAGUGACUCUGAAUGGACUGGACCGCACCGUCAUGUUCACCACAACCAGCGAAUCAUCAAGUGGAACUCAAACAGUUACAUUUUCACAGCAGACAGCAAGGCUGUUUGAUGAGAAAUGGCACCAGCUGCGGCUGCUGGUCACUGAAGAGGAUGUUACUCUAUAUAUUGAUGACCUGGUAAUUGAAACCCUAUCCCUGGAGCCCCCUGUCGGCAUUUUCAUCAAUGGAAAAACCCAAGUUGGAAAAUAUGUCAGUAAGGAAACGACAGUGCCAUUCGAAAUACAGAAACUUCGCAUUUACUGUGACCCUGAGCAGAACAACCGAGAGACUGCAUGUGAAAUACCCGGAGUUUGCUCCAACAGUCCUGAUUACACCGAACUGACUGAAGAACCUUGUGUUUGUCCCCCUGGACCCCCUGGACUUCCAGGAACAAAGGGAGAGCAAGGAAACACUGGCAAACCUGGUCAGCCUGGACCUGCUGGUGCUGAUGGUAAGCCUGGUAACCCUGGCAUUAGAGGAAGCCCAGGGCUGCCAGGUUCUCCAGGGGUAGAGGGUCCACGUGGGCCAGAUGGUUACAAAGGCGAGCAAGGGAGGCCUGGUGUUUCGGGUGAGAGGGGUAUGCCUGGCUUACCAGGAUCGCCUGGAAAAGCAGGAGAGAAGGGCUCGAGUGGAUCCCCAGGGAUUACAGGGUUACCAGGAAAAGCCGGUCAAGUGGGAGAAAAAGGAAGUACGGGACCUCCUGGGCCACCGGGUUAUCCAGGAAAACCUGGUGCACCUGGAAGAGAUGGAAAAGAUGGAUUUCCAGGGAUACCUGGUCAAAAGGGAGAGGCUGGUGCCAGUGGCAUUCCUGGUGUUGAUGGAAGAGAAGGCCAUCCUGGCAUGCCUGGAUUGCCAGGAAUUGCAGGCCUGAAUGGGCAAAAGGGGGAACCUGGUUUGCCUGGAUCCAGGGGCUUCGAAGGAUCCGCUGGACCACCUGGUGACAUGGGUUUACCUGGUGCACCUGGUUUAAAAGGACCAAGUGGACCCAAGGGGAGUAAAGGUGAAGUUGGACGUCCGGGUAUACAAGGAACACCUGGGCCUGCGGGGAGUGCAGGAGAACCGGGACAAGCAGGUCAGCCGGGGCACCCGGGCAUGCCAGGUCUGAAGGGCAGCAAGGGGCAAAGAGGAAAUCCAGGUGAAAGAGGCGAGAUGGGAAUGAAAGGUGAAAAGGGAGAGCAUGGUCGACCAGGUGGACAGGGCUCCACCGGUCCAAUGGGACCAAAAGGAGAGAAAGGGACAACAGGGGAUCUGGGGCAGAGAGGUGAAAAAGGUCAAGUGGGACAACCUGGACAGUCGGGUCUGUCAGGCCCACCUGGCCCCCGAGGACUGAUAGGGGACAGAGGUCUACCUGGCCCACCUGGACCUGAAGGAAGAUCUGCCAGUGAAAUGUCGGAUAAUCACAUUCGACAAAUCUGCAGAGAGAUUCUUCAGUCUGAGCUGCCUUUGUUGUUGCUGGGCAACCAGCAGAGCAGCUGUACUAGAUGUCAUAGCCGGCCUGGAUCUCCCGGUCCUCCAGGUCCAACUGGAUCCCAGGGACUCAGGGGUCUUCCUGGACUUACAGGCCCCAGGGGACAGCUGGGCCACCCUGGUCGACCAGGGCACCCUGGUAUUAAUGGGCUGAAAGGAGAACCAGGUUUCGAUGGUGAGAAGGGGAGCCCUGGUCGAAACAUCAUUGGAGACCAAGGGCCACCUGGCCCUCCAGGUCCAAUGGGUCCCCAGGGGUACGGUAAGCCAGGUCCUCCAGGUAAGCCUGGACCCCCUGGUCUACAUGGAUCAGAGGGUAAAAGUGGUAAUCCUGGCAUCCCUGGACAGCCUGGGGUGUGUGAUCCAUCCAUGUGCUAUGGUAGCAUGAUGAGGCGGGAUCCUUACAGCAAAGGGCCAAACUAUUGACGUAACGCAGCGUCACUGCAGGCACCAGUCUGGAGCUGAUGUGGAACAAACAGCCUUUCUCAGGAAGAUCUCAUCUUUACAGUUUCUCUCUGUCGUGGAAACAAAUCAGACCUCCUCUAACACCUUUUAUGUGAUCUCAGACAGUCAACAGAACUAGAUGCCAUCACGUUUUCUGCAUUGGUAUUUUGUAUUAUUAUUCACAUGUCUUUGAAAGUGUUUUGAGGUUUUAAUGGUGUUGAGAGAAUUAUAAAUUGGCUCCAUUUAAUGCUUCUCAUCUGAGCGCCUUUAGCUCAUGUACAUCAUGUAUGUCCGGAUCUCCCUCUGGUCACUGUGGCCGGUACAGUUUCUAGUAUUGCCCCCUGGUGUUGCUUCAUUGCAUGUCGCUCUUUAAAUUUUCACUGCACAUUGGUUGGGUGCUACAUGUUCCGUUGACGAAAAACAUUAAUUCCAUGUUCAGUGAAUUAUUUCACCAUAAACGAUGUCUGAAAUUGGCAUGUUUCAGCACAAGACUGUGAGUUUGAUUUCCUGUAGCUGAUUAUGAGCUGCUGUAAGCCUGUGUUCCUAAAGCCUUCAGUUUGACUGUUAAGCACUUAACUCUAUGAAAACCAUUUACAACAGCUAAUAUUGUGUACCACCCAAGAAAAAUUUAUACUCCCUCCAUCACAGUACCCAUUCAUUCAUUCUCAUGUUAUUUUGUUCCAAUUAGGAAGUAAUUAUGUCCCUGAGGCUUACCUUUCAUUACUGUAGCAGGUAUUUUAUUGUUAUUUAUAAAAGUCAUAACUGUGUAUUUCAGCAGUGAGAUGUCGUAAACAGCUUGUGUAAUUUUAUUAUUUUGUGUUAAGGUGACUUUUGUAUGAAUCAUUCUUUUUUUACUAGAAUUAAAAUAUCUUAAUGACU